AUGUGGACGUCCCUCACUGCUCUGACCAUGUGGACGUCACUCUCUGCUCUGACCAUGUGGACGUCACUCGCUGCUCUGACCAUGUGGACGUCACUCUCUGCUCUGACCAUGUGGACGUCACUCUCUGCUCUGACCAUGUGGACGUCACUCUCUGCUCUGACCAUGUGGACGUCACUCUGCUCUGACCAUGUGGACGUCACUCUCUGCUCUGACCAUGUGGACGUCACUCUCUGCUCUGACCAUGUGGACGUCACUCUCUGCUCUGACCAUGUGGACGUCACUCUCUGCUCUGACCAUGUGGACGUCACUCUCUGCUCUGACCAUGUGGACGUCACCUGA